AUGGCCGAAGAGCAGCAAGCCGCUGGCAGGGCUGCCUCAGAGCUGGCUUCCGUCCUGAGCCGACGUCGUCAGGAGGUCGACACCAAGGGCGCUUUCUUCACAAAGGACCGAAAAGGCCAUGCCGACGCAGUCUGGAACGAGCGGACGGACUCGCAGUUCAGCCCUCGAUCCUCGGAGAGGAAGUCCGCCAUCGCACGCCUACAGGGACCGGGCGCGACGAAGUUUUGCACCCCGCAGGGCGUCAACGGGACCAGUGCUCAAAGCACCGAUCCAGCGAUUGGGCUCUGCGAGAUCAGCAUCACCAACUGUGGCGCCGAGUACCACGAGUGCAUCACCACCCAGGACUCAACGACCUCCAAAAGCGAAAGCCAAAGCGACACCGAGGCGUUCUGCAAGUGCUGUAACCGAGGCGGCUUUGCCGUCUUCACGCCCACCACAGCAAAGUCCAGGGCCAGUGCGAACUUCAGCUUCAGCGGCAUUCCGGUAAGCGGCGAUCCCCGCGUCGACUCGAGCACUCCAAGCGAGGAGACCGAGGAGGCUAUUACGGUUGGCGGUGGCGGCGGUGAAGGAUACCUCCUUGUCAUCCUCGCUACCACAGGAUCUGCAGCUUGGGAGCAAGGAGGCAUCAAAGGCCGGUCCGUCUUCGCCACGGUCGCCAUGUUCAGAGUCCAGUGUGGCAACGGCAGCUCCAGAGUCAGAGAAGACAGGCUUGUAGUUUUCGUCUUAGCAUGCACAGUUCAAGCAAUGAUGAUCCGGUUGGAGCUGCCAACUUGUUGGGAUUGCCUGCUGACAGAUCGUCGUUGGCUGCGACUUCUGCUGGUUAUGGCAGUCCACCGAAGGGUGCAGCAUUAUGCUGCCACGAUUUGCCAGGCAGCACCUCAAAGCGUCGCAGAUGUGAUCGCCGAGUGUGACGAUUUCGACGUUGAUGUUAUCUUCAAUGUCGCCGUGGUCGGUAGCAGUGGUACUGGGAAGAGCUGCCUACUUCGGCGUUUUGCACAGGGAUCCUUCACGGAUGAGUACAGGCGCACAUUGGUCACGAGCUUCAUCGAAAAGAGGUAUCGCAUGCCGGGAGGCGACAUUACUUUCCAUUUGUGGGACACUCCAGGCGAAGAUGAUCCUCUCGCGAUCGCCGAAAGCUGUUGCAAACGAACAAAGGCUUGCAUUGUGGCGUAUUCUGUGGAGGAUCUGCAAUCCUUUGAAGCUGCAGAGCUUUGGGUGGUGAUGUUGAGAGGGCUUUGUGGACCAGGGCUUCUCUUGGCCCUGGCUCAGUGUCAGUCCGAUCGAGUUGCCUCUGGCGACGGUGCCCCUGUCACAGUGACCAUGGCAGACUCUUUGGCAGCAAGGCUGGGAAUUCGAAGGUUUGCCACGAGCGCGAGUGCAGGAGAUGUGUGUGAGAUCUUUGACUAUUUGGCCGAGGAGCUCAUGUCUCAGGCGCAAGACGCGGAAGAGCGCUUGCGGAACGGAGAGUCGUGGCAAGGAGUGCAGUGGGUUGACUCGAAACCUGGCAGUUCUGCGUGGGAGGGAAAUGCUGCAGCGCCAAAGUCUUCAGAGCAACAAAAAGAGGUCAAGCGUGCCACCGGUGCUGAGCAGACCAAACAGCGAGCAACUAGUUCAGGUGCCAGUGAAGGUGCUGGCGGCAAUGACCUGACUCCGCAGCAGCGACGGACACUGCGACUGUCAAUGUCUGGAGUGACAGGCGACACGGAGCUCUCGGACUUGCUGGAGUCUGAUGUGGUGGGCCACACUACCACAUAUGACUCCAGCAGACAGCCCUCUGCCUGUUCAAACGCAACAUCUACGACGCGAGGUUUGCCGACGAUUUUGACGACAGCUGUCGGAGACAAGCCGCCAGCAUCCGACAAACAAGGCUCUGUGGAGGAGAGCUCAGCAGGUCCAAGCACAGACGACAGAGAGGAGGACCAGCCGGACACAACAAACACAUGCCAGCAGGGCCAGCCAAGCGACCUGAAUGAGCUGAAGCCCAAGCUUGACAUGGAGCAGAGCAUACAGCAAAAGCGGGAAGCUUCGGUCGAGCCAGAACCAGCUCCCAGCCCCGAAUGCCUUGCUGCUGGUCAUGAGAGCCCCAGCUUUGCGUUGUCGCCGGCUGGUGGCCCGGAUUCUGCCGAAUGCCAGGGACCUCCGGCAAGUGUCAACACUCCCGCGAUGCAAACAGGUGCAAGCGACGCCGUCAGGGCAACCCCGAUCCACGCAGCCAGCCACACAGAGGUGCAGGUCGUGACAGAUCCGGACUUGUGGCAGGCGGUCACGGAGGGCGACCUGCGCAAGCUGCAAGAUCUGGUCGCAGCAGGCCUACUUCACAGUGGUCGCGUGGUUGACGUGAACCGGCACAGCAUAUUCUGGAAUGCCUUGGCUUUCCAACAGAUCAAGGUUGCUGCUUUUCUGCUACACCAUUUUCCACCAGGAUCGGCAAAAGGCAUAGACAUCAGUGAGGUCCACCCACGCCGCCAGGACACACUCCUGCAUCUAUGCCUUUACAUUCGCGAUUUUUCCGCUGCUGCAGCUGAGCUCUUCCAGCAGCUCUACCUCGGUAUCGGACAUGUGUGGAACAAGGCAGCGCUGCAGGCAUAUCGAAGCAGGCCUACAGCUACCCAGGACACCUUCCUUCAUUGUGCAGCGGCAAGGUUGAAUUUCUGGGUCUUGCGAUAUGCUUUGUCGUCAGCUGAUGCUGUGUACAUGCUGCAGCACAGGAACUGCAGCAAUCAGAGUGCAUUGGAGGUGUUAAUGCUCAAGCUCUCGGAGGUACAUCGGUCCCCUUCUCCAUCACUGGUGCAAGCACCACAGGUGCUGUUUAGUGCUUUGUCAGAGUUUUCAACCGUACGUGGUGGCGUCGAGUACGAUGUUGUUGGUAGGAUACCGUGCUCGUGCACCGUCGGCUGUUAA